AAAGUCAUCUCCGUCCUUUCUCAUCUCCCUGAUUGUCAUUUAUAUUUUUUCUAAUUUUUCUUUUAAUAAAACCCAUAAGGUUAUGUUUUUUAUAUUGAAAAACAACAUUUUAAAAUAUGGCGUUGUUGGAGAAAAUGGAAUACGGCCCAAUACCAGCAUCCCGUUAUGACGACGUCAUCAGUCAUCUGAGAAAGAGUUUUCCCGACGAACCUCUAAACGCUUCGGUGGGUCUUAGUUUUUACAAUCAACCAUGUCCUCUACUGGAAAAAUAUGAUUUGAUAACGUUACAAGAAGGUUUGUCCGUCAUGGCGCUUAAUACUGAAACUGGAGAGAUAGCUGGAGUGGCUCUGAACGGAACCUGUAGAAAAGGAGACAUAGAGGAAUCGCUGGAAAACAUGAAAACAAUCGACAGUGUCCCGUACCAACGAGUUUUCGGCCUAUUGAACGCUGUUAACAAAGAAUUAGACCUUUUUACUAGAUACAAUGUAGACAAAAUAUUCGAUCUAAGGAUACUUUCAGUAGAUUCGAAAUAUCGAGGAAAGGGUCUGGCUAAGGAACUUUUCUCUAGAAGUGAACUUAUCGCUGAAGAACAUGGAUAUAAGUUGAUGAAGGUAGACGCGACCAGCCUUUUCACCCAAAGAGUUUGCGAAGUCUUCGGCAUGGAAACUAUGAAAGCCAUACGUUAUGGAGAUUACAAGGACGAAAACGGUAAAAAGAUGUAUCCUACGAAAUCGCCGCACGAUUUUUACAAAGUGAUGGUUAAAAAGUUGCCGGCUAGGAAGGAUAACGACUGAAGUACCAAAAUUUGAAUCUGAUUUACUGUUUUUGUUACAAUUUUGAAGGUCUACAGGUUCAUAGAAGAACUAGAAGUAUCCUUAGCCAAAAAUUUUUUGCGAGGGUAUUAUAUAUACCGUUAGUUAAAUAUGUAGACAGUUAUAAUUUUCAAAUUCAGUUAGUUAACAAAAUACAAAAGUUUGCAAAUCAUUAAUCAUUUUCCCAGAACAACAGAUUUGACUAAUGUUUGUUUAAUCUUCUUUAUUUAACUUUCAUAUAAUUUAUUAGCUAUGUCCUCUUGUUUAAUCUCUUGCCACUCUUCCGCUUCCAUUGAUGCUAUUUCUAGUUUCAAACCUAACAACAUACAUCUAUUAAAUUUUCUUCUAAUUCAACUCAAUUUUAUAUUGUGUUUUACUGCUCCCAUCUUUCAUUUACCCUUUUCAUUUGUCUAACAGGAGUCAUACUUAAUAUUGACAUGGACAUAGAUGUGUUUAUUUCUGCAGAUACGGUGAUGGUCAGCAGGCCGAAACCGUUUUCAAAUUGUUAUUUGUACGCAUGUUAAGUUUUAGGGUUUGUCAAGUUUUAGACAGAUCGUACUUUUCAACUGCACAUUCUCCUGACAACCCAAAAUAGUGGCAUUAGUGAGACAUUUUAAAGUUUAGCCAUGGUCCUUCUUUGUUAUUUCUCUGGUAUUUUGAUUGCAUAUUUGAAUUUUUCUUGUAUUGUACCUAACAUAAUCUCAUGAAAACUAAAAACCCUUUAAGGAACCUAUUUUAGAUUAAAACACAAAUCUUAUUGCAUUAUUCAUUUUUCGUUUAGUACAUCAAUCAAAAAUUAUCUUUUGUAUGAUUGAAAUCUUGUUGCAUUACUCUUGCAACGCUACCUAGUAAAUAUUUGUAUACAAAAAUAAUCUCAUCCGUCAAUUCAUAAAAAAAUAUAAAAUUCUGAAUUUUUUGGAAUAUAAGGAUAUCAGACAGAACUUCUAUGCAAUCUAUAGACCUUUUUAAAAAAGAAAUUUGGAAAAAAAUUAUUUUUUAAUAUUUUUCGAUAUCGAACACUUGAUGAUGGACCAAUUUGGUACAACAAAAUGUUAAUGCUGCCACUGCCAUGCAGAAUUAAACAUUUUUAUAACUAACUCAAAAACAAAAAUAUAUUUGUUAGAUUAUGGAAGUAUUUAUGUAGUGAGCACCGAAAACGUUGUCCACCUCCUUUAAUUUUUGAAUAUUACAGAGUAUAUCACGAUAAAGUCAAACUACUUCUUCCAAAUAAAUUGGUCGGCUGAUGAAUCUGGCAUUGUACAUUGAGUUCAGUGUUCUGUGGUUGAGUUGAUUUGUUUUACUUCUAGUAAUUUCAAAAAUCUAUAGUUUACAUGACACUAAGGAUAAACUUAUUAAUAAAAUCACAUACUACUCUGCGUUUUUUGCUCAAAGUACACAAUCAAAGCACAAAGUUGACUUUAUUUAUACUAAUUACGUACAAAACAACUUAAAUAAACGCUUGUGUAACACUCACCUUGUCAAAAACAUAAGCCAACCAUUUGGACAGGACAUUCAAAUCACUGAACUGCAUAUUUAAUAUGAAGGUCGGUGGUUGGAAUACCUAAUUUUAUCUUAAAGUUCUUGAAAACCUCCUAAAAGUACUUUUACUCAAAAAAACAGAGGUAAAUAUAUUCUAAACGUAAUGGAGAAAUCUUAAAGUUGAAAAAGUCAUUUUGUAGAACAUACAGAGUUUUAACAAUACCCGUUAAAACGUUAAAAAGUAUCAUUCUAUAUAUUUAUCUAAAAAACGUUCUAUCAGAUUUUUGAGUUCCACUUCAAAAAUGAGCUAUUAAAAUAAAAUAAUGUUGUUUGUAUGUAAACAUCAUUAGUUAAACUAAAUUACAUACCAAACUUUUACGGGAUAAAUUAAAUAAAUUUGUGCUUACAAUAAAAAAGAAUUGUGGCACCAACAAUCUCUAAAAAUAACUGUUCUGUUUAUUAAUACACUGAAUAAAUAAAUGAAUUAAAGUUUUUUAUAAAACGUAAACAAAUAUAUAAAUAUACCUAAUUCUCAAAUGAACACCAGUGACAUACAAUGGCGGCUCCAAGACGAAUUUUAGGGGGAGGGAGGGGGGAAUUGCCUUUAGCCAUUCCCUUUUUAGAACAUUUUUUUUGGUUAAAAGUCCCAUAAACAGUAAGAAUUUUCAUUUCGGGGGGGCGGGGGGCAUGGUCCGUAUAGCUCCCCCUGGAGAGCCCUUGGUGACAUAUCUGACAACUAACAACUGACAGCUUCAUUUGUCGUAUAAUAGUAACCAAAUCAGGCACUUUCGUUACAUAUUGUGAUGUUUCCAGGUCAUGUAGGAUAUGGGUAUUGUUGAAGACCAUAUAGAAAAAGGUACACAACAGACAUUUUUCGAUAAAGGAGACUAUGGAAUGGGGUUUGAGAAAAAAAUCGUUAAUCUAAACAUUUUAGAAAUUUUUAAGUUGGUCCAAAUGUUGCCAUUGGUCCUUAUUGAAUACCUAUCCGCAAUCUCAAAAUUAUUGCUAUUUUCAUUAACACGCUAGUUAGUUUAAUUAUACCGGGUGUUUCAAAAAGGUAUAGCAUAAAUUUUUCCUUAAUAGAUUACUAAAAAUAAGUGGAUUUACCUAUAUCAAAAACUGGCUCCCAACAAAGUUACAGGGCGUUAAAUUAACAUUCAGAAAAACGUUUUUUUUUGUAAAAAGUUUGCUGUUGAAUUUUUUCUUUGAAAUUUUUGACAGUGCUGUAGAUUGGAAGGCUCAAUAUUCUAAGGAGAAAAACAAUUUAAAGCGACCCCUUCAAAAAAAGUUGGGGGGUUGGGUACCUUUUAACCCCCCCAUAUUUUUUUUGACAAAGAAACUUGCUUUAUCGAAAAGAACUAUGAAUUCCUAAAUUUUUUUUUAUAGCAAAAUGAACAUCUUUCUUAGUUAACGAGCUAUUUACAAUUUUUUAACUGAAUUUCUAGGGCAAUUCGUCUGUCCUGGACACGUAAAGGCAUAAUGUACUAUUAUUCAGAGCAGUUGUAGUCUGAAUCGCAGUAUACUAUGGCUUUACAUUAGGCGUAAUUUCAAAAGAUAAUCUGUACCGUGAUUCAGAGACUUUAUUAUAACGAUCUGAAACACAGUAUAAAAUGGAUUUAAAUAAUUGGCGUUGCUGUUAGAACAAACUGUGUCACAAGUUACAUAAUUUAUAUUGCUGAUGUUUUAUCUUGAAUUAGCCAACAUGUAUCAAUUACAACUAAAUUCAAUUUACUGCAAGAUUAAGAAAAAUAUCGUAAAUUUCAUAAAAAAAAAAUUGUGAUUAAACAACUGUCUUUAUUAAAAAAAUCAUUAAUGGGUUUUUGCAUUGGAUUGAUGUCUAAAAAUAUUUUCUACCAAGUUA